UUUAUUUAUUUUGGCAUCUGUGACGCAUUUUCUAAGCGCCGGAAACGUGCUCGCGAACGCUGAUGUGUUCUUUUGCUUAGGUGUUAUUUACUAUGUGUUUGGUUUUGAAGAUUAUUCUUUAAAAGAUAAUCAGAUCCGUUCGUUUUUUAGAUGCCUAAAGAGAAAGGCGUUAUCAGGUGAAAUAGUGGCACGAGAAGAAGAACUCAGGGGAGAUGGCGCCGAAAGGAAAAGUUGGAACCAAAGGCAAAAAACAAAUUCACGACGAAAACCAGAAUAGUCUCAUGUUCUAUUGCAGAAUCAUCCUGGGAGCAAACGCUAUUUAUGUAGCAGUCAAUCUCUUGCUCUUUUACAAUUCGUCUACAUUUUGGACAUGGUUCUUUCUCCUGUUCGCAGUGGCGGUCUACAUUGGCAGCUACAAAUCUAUGUUAGCAAUGGCCAAACCUGCAUUUGCUGAAGAUGGUAGCUUGCUGGAUGGAGGGAUUGACCUUAAUAUGGAACAGGGCAUGGCAGAACACCUGAAGGAUGUGAUUCUUCUUACUGCUAUUGUUCAGGUCCUCAGCACUCUGUCAUCUUACUUCUGGUACUUCUGGCUCUUGGCACCUGCAAGGGCUUUGCAUUUAUUGUGGGUGAACUUCCUGGGCCCCUGGUUUUCUGCUGAAUCACAGGCAGCCCCUGAAGAGAACGAGAAGAAUGACAAGAAACAGAGGCGACAGGAAAGACGACAGAUGAAGAGAUUCUAGACUUGUCUGUGUUACAUUUUUUACAUGUAUUAUACAAUUACAAAGAACAUGCAAUCUAAAUUAUUCUGAGAUAUUUGAUAUCACAGGUUAGUCCAGACAAUAGAUGGGCAUUGUAAAGUGUCUGACUUUCUCUCAAGUGUCAUCAGCUGCUCCGUCCUUUUCAGCCCUUUGGUUCCUUUCUCUCACUUCAUGUCCAUCUUAAAAUCUCUAGCUCAAGUAUGCCUCUGAGUGGGGCUCCACAUAUAUAUAUCUUUUUCAUAAAGUGAGUGAAACUCACAAAAUGCCUUUGCUUACUAUAGUGAGCUUUCAUAUCAUUAGUUUCAGUUGCAAAUAAGUACUUUUCAACAGGUGCAGCUACAUGACCCAUUGACCUCAGCAAUUUAGACCUGAGGCUGUAUGAGCUUCACCAACCACAUGACGUUACAAAGCACUUGAGUUCAGCUUUUUGAAUUCCCUCUUCGGCCUUUCAGAAAAUAUUGCUGUGAUUGUUCAGUAUGGGGGAAAUCAUGUGCUGAUUCUGAAUCAAAGGUAGUAAUCUUUGAUAUGUGGUAUUCCGGUGAAGUUAUAGGUGCAGCCUGGUGCUGCCUUGAUGGAACGCAAAGUAGAUAAAGAUAAAAAUAAUUGACCUUGAGUGGCAACAAAGGACUGUCUGGUUACAUAUUUUUAACUGUUCAAAUGGAACUAUACUGCUUUAUGAAAGUUAGAUGGGUUAGUAUCAAGAAUAACUUUUAAUAAGCAUGACCUCACAGUAUUGACUGGCCCAACAUCAAUUUAACAUUUCAAUGGACUGAAGAUAUAAACUGUGUCUUGACAACCUGGUUAAAAAAAAAAGUUGCUUCAGCUGAAAUUUAUGGAGACCCAGUGAUUAUAAAUAAACUGUUAUAAAAUGAUGUAUUGAUGCAAAUUAUCUUUUAGAUUUAUAUAAUCAUUUCUCAGUUCCUGGUUCAUUCAGACCCAGUCCUGGAUGAGCGAAAGACAGUGGAUUGUUUUUUUUUGGGCAGUGUUCCUGGGGGCCGUCCCAGCAGUACAUGCUUUGGAUGUCAAACACACCUGACUCAACUCACAAGCUUUUUAAUAGUGUAUUUAAAGACCUGAAAUAUAUUAGAUGAUAACUAUUGAGAAUUUGGCAAGAAGUUGUUUUCCGUCGUGAUAGCCCCUGGUGCUGCACAAUUUGGAUGUUUUCCUUGUCAGACCUUCAGAUUGGAUUCUCUGCUAAAUGACUUAAUAAAUCAUAUGUGUUAAAUGAA